AUGGUGGCUGAGAAGAUUCAGUCCGCCAAGAGCAGGCUAGACGAAGCCUUCACCAGCCUGCUAUCAGGCUUCGAGGCUUCUCUGUUAGCGGCGACUGCCCAAUCAGCGGAAGUUUCCGAACUCAAACGAAAACUGGAAAGGGCCGAUGAGGACCUAGUCCUUGUUAACAUGCGGCUCGACCAGGCGCAAGAUGGCGCCGCCGCGGUGGAGACCCUCAGGGGUGAGCUUGCCCAAGCCAAGGAGCAAGCGAGGGUAAGCAAGGCGGCUGCGGAUAAAGUGGCUGUGGACUUAACGGCCGAACAGACCGCUCGGCACCGUUUUGAGGAAGAGGUGACCGAGAUGGAGCAAAAGCUCAAGGACGCAGCCGCCAAGUGCGAGUCCUUAGAAAAGGAAAAUAAGGCGAAGGAGACUGAACUCGCCAAGGCCCUUCAAGAAGCUUCGGAGGCGCGGUCUGAAUCUCGCGCAGCGCGCGAGGAAAUCCGUCAAGCCGGACAGAUAGCGGCUAGUAAGCCCUAUCUUUUACAGGCUAAAUUUGGGGACCGGAAGUAUGCCUUGGUUAAUCGACUAUGGAGUUCUCCAGACGCAUGUGCGGAUCUGCCGAAGAGUGCUACGGCCGCCGCCCAAUUCUUCCAGGCCCAGGAGGGGUACGCGGCGGAGAAGCUCUUCUGGUCGCAGUUUGCGGGGCAGGAGCGUCCCGCCGGCCUCCGCCGCCCUUGCCCGUCCCCAGCCGGACCCCUCCAGCAGGGCCCCGUCCCCACCUCCAGCGCGCCAAGCUCGCCGCCUCCCUGCCAUUGCCGCGUGGCGCCCGACCUCCUCCUCGCCGCCCUUGGUGCCGCACCACCGGACCUCCCCAUCGCCCUCGUCGACGACCAGCGCUGCCCCUGUAGCCUCCCCUCCUCCGCGUCGUCGCCUCCCCAUGGCGCCGCGCCCGGCCUCCCGCACCACUACCAUCUCCAGCCGCGGCCGUCUUCUACGCAGCUGCUCUGCUCCGCUCCGCCGCCAUUGCUCUGUCCAGCAACUGUGCCGCCGCUGCCCUCCUCUGCUCCGCCUCUGUUGCGCCAAGGCACCCCGGCCAUCUCCUGCUCCUCGCUGGCCAUCGCUGUGCGCGCUGCCGCUUCCCUGCUUCAGGCCAAGGCCGACGCCGGCGACUUCUUCUAG